AUGGCUCCCAACCUGAACCCAGCCAAGGAAUUAUUCAUUUUCUUAGGAAAAACAGUGUUUGCCAUUCUGGAGAUUUUGUUUUUUGCCUUAAUCCCAAAGCCACGGAAGAAUGUUGCUGGUGGAAUUAUACUCAUAAUGGGUGCUAGAAGUGGACUUGGAAGGCUCUUGGCCCUCAAAUUUGCCCACCUUGGAGCUGUGCCUGUCCUCUGAGAUGUCAACAAGGAGGGGAAUGAGGAGACGUGCAAGAUGGCUCUAGACGCUGGAGCCAUGAGGGCUUAUGCCUAUACCUGUGAUUGCAGUCGAAAGGAAGAAGUAUAUAGAGUGGCAGAUCAGGUUAAAAAAGAAGUUGGUGACGUUUCCAUCCUAAUCAACAAUGCCGGCAUUGAAACAGGCAAAAACUUCCUCGACUGCCCAGAUGAGCUUAUGGAGAAGUCUUUCGAUAUGAAUUUUAAAGCACAUUUAUGGACCUAUAAAGCCUUUCUACCUGCUAUGCUCGCAAGUGACCAUGGACAUUUGGUUUGCAUUUCAAGUAUAGCUGGAUUAAUUGGAGUAAAUAGAUUGGCAGAUUAUUGUGCAAGUAAAUUUGUAGACUUUAGAUUUGCUGAAUCUAUAUUUGCAGAAACAUUUGCCCAGAAAAAAAAGGGAAUCAAAACCACUAUCAUGUGCCCAUUAUUAAUAAAAACUGGAGUGUUUGAAGGUUGUACUACCAACUGUCCUUCUCUGUUACCAAUUCUGGAAACAGAAUAUGCAGUCAGAAAAAUAGUAGAUGCUGUCCUGCAAGAAAAACACUUGUAUAUGCCAAGGUCCAUCUACAUCAUGAUGUUAUUAAAAAGUUUCAUGCCCCUCAAGAUGAUACUGCUCUUGGUCAAAUAUACAGGUGCCUUCGAUGUAAUGAAUGGCUUCCUUGGCCGAAAGAAGAAGGACUGA